UGUGCGGCAUCUAUGUAAAUUUUGUAGAGAAAUCGUCCGACUCGCGAAAAACCUAUUGCAAGCCUUCGUCGGUCGUCUCAGUAGGCCAUGGAGCUUCAGAACACCGUGAAGGAGGCGCUGAAUGUACUCUACCACCAUCCAGACGACGCCGUCCGGGCCCAGGCCGAUCGAUGGCUUCAAGAUUUUCAGCACACCAUUGAUGCCUGGCAGGUUUCUGAUAAUUUACUCCAUGAUGCCAGCAGCAAUUUAGAGACGCUCAUUUUCUGUUCCCAAACACUCAGAAGCAAGGUACAACGUGAUUUUGAGGAGUUACCUUUAGAAGCAUUUCAGCCUUUACGAGACUCUUUAUAUGCUUUGCUUAAGAACUUUAGCAAAGGCCCCCCUAAAGUUAGGACACAGAUCAGUAUUGGCAUUGCUGCUUUGGCUGUGCAUGUCUCUGUGGAAAGCUGGGGAGAUGGUGGCAUUGUGAACUGGAUUAGCAAUGAAAUGAGAACUCAUUCUGAAUAUAUCCCAGGCUUGUUAGAGUUGCUCACUGUUUUGCCAGAGGAAGCAUACAAUUAUCGAAUAGCAGCACGACCUGAAAGACGCCGCCAUUUCGAGAAAGAACUUGCUUCAUCAGUUAAAACUGCAUUCAGUCUUUUGACGGCUUGUUUAAAUUUUUGUGAACUGAAAUACCCGGUACUGGAGGCUUUUGCAUCAUGGCUUCGAUUAUGUAGUGGGGUUUCUGCUUCGACACUUGCUUUACAUCCUUUAGUACAAGCUGCUCUAUCAUGUUUAAACUCUGAGCAACAUCUUGAAGCUGCUGUGAAUGUUGUGUCAGAAUUAAUACACUACACUACGAAAAAUGGUUCCAUUGGUGCUUCUGCCCACAUGCCCUUAAUUCAUGUACUUGUUCCUCACGUUAUGGGACUUAAGGGUCAGCUCAUGGAUUCUUCGAAGGAUGAAGAGGAUAUCAAGGCAGUUGCUCGCUUAUUUGCAGAUAUGGGCGAUUCCUAUGUUGAGUUAAUUGCGAGUGGUUCUGAGGAAUCAAUGCUAAUUGUGCAUGCUUUGCUUGAAGUUGCUUCGCAUCCUGAAUAUGACAUUUCUUCGAUGACAUUUAAUUUUUGGCAUCAUUUGCAGUUGCAGUUAACUCGAAGGGAGUCAUAUUCAUCAUAUGAAUCUGAUGUUUUAAUUGACGAUGAGAGGAAGAAGAGGCUACACAUUUUUCAUUUACCAUUUCAAAUGUUGGUGACCUUGGUUAAUUCCCGUGUUGAAUAUCCUCAAGACUAUGAUGACCAAUCUGAGGAGGACCAGAAGGAUUUCAAGCACAUCAGAUAUGCUGUUGGAGAUGUUUUGAUUGAUGCUACUGAAGUUUUAGGAGGAGAAGCAACACUAAAAAUUCUUUUUAUGAAGCUAGUUGAGGCAGUUGGAAAUUACAACAAUGAUGAAAACUACAAAUGGCAACCUGUAGAGGCAGCACUAUACUGCAUUCAAGCUAUAUCGCAGUCCGUUCCACCACAGGAAGUGGAAAUAUUACCCCAGAUUAUGGAGUUACUGGCAAAACUCCCUCACCAACCUCAACUACUUCAGACUGUUUGUGCUACAAUUGGAGCCUAUUCAAAAUGGAUAAAUUCUGCUCCAGUUGAACAACCAAUACUACCUCCACUGGUUGAUAUUCUUACUAAAGGAAUGAGCACCUCAGAUGAUGUUGCAGGCGCUGCCACCCUUGCAUUCAAAUACAUCUGUGAAGAUUGCAGAAAGCAGUUUUCGGGCUCAUUGGAUGGUCUUUUCCAUAUCUACCAUAUAGCAAUUAGUGGUGAAGGUGGUUAUAAAAUAUCAGCUGAUGACUCUAUGUACUUGGUCGAAGCCUUGAGUGUGGUUAUCACAGAACUCCCAACAGAGCAUGUCAAGAAGGCGUUGGAGCUGCUCUGUCUUCCAGCUAUUACUGCACUUCAAGAAUUUAUUGGCCAAGUUGGUGCCUUCCAGCAAAUACCUGCACGGCAGCUUACUUUUCAUAUUGACCGAUUGGCCUGCAUUUUCAGGAAUGUUAAACAACCUGAGGUCGUGGCAGGUGCUGUGCAGAGGCUUUGGCCGCUUUUCAAAACUAUCUUUGAUCUCCGUGCAUGGGACAUGAGGACGAUGGAGUCACUAUGUCGUGCCUGUAAAUAUGCUGUGAGAACUUCUGGAAGAUCUAUGGGUAUCACAAUUGGAGCAAUGCUAGCAACAAUCCAGGCACUGUAUCAGCAACACAACCAGUCUUGCUUUCUUUAUCUAUCAAGUGAAGUUAUAAAGAUAUUUGGAUCUGAUCCAUCUUGUGCAAGCUACCUCCGGAGCUUAAUAGAAAUGCUUUUCAGUCAUACAACAAAAUUUCUUUUAACAAUUCAAGAUUUCACGACUAGGCCUGAUAUAGCUGAUGAUUGUUAUUUAUUGGCAUCAAGAUGCAUUCGAUACUGCCCUGAUUUAUUUGUUCCUGCGUCUGUUUUUCCAUCAUUAGUUGACUGUGCCAUGAUUGGUGCAACCAUACAACACAGAGAUGCUAGCAGGUCGAUUUUAACAUUCAUAUCUGAUGUUUUGGAUCUUGCAAAUAGCUCCAAUGGCGAUAAGUACCGAUCCAUUAUAGAUAGUGUGAUUCUUCCUAGAGGCGCCAACCUCACUAGAAUCUUGAUUGCCUCCUUGACUGGGGCUCUUCCUUCUUCAAGGAUUGAGGAGGUAUCAUAUGCUCUUCUGGCCUUAACCAGAUCUUAUGGAACUAAGGUAGUAGAGUGGGGUAAGGGAAUUAUUUCACUGAUACCUUCAUCCGCUCUAACCGAGGUGGAAUGCGCUAGGUUCGUUAAAUCUCUUUCGGAUGCGGCAUCAGGUUCAAAUAGUAGUUUAACGGAUAUUCUCGAAGAACUGUCAGAUGUGUGUCGGCGCAAUAAGACGGUUCAGGACAUAGUACAAGGAGCUCUCAGGCCGCUUGACUUGCACUUCACACUUAUUUCUUGACUCUAUCUAUAAAAGAUUUCGAAUUGGUCCGUUGGCUACCACCUCGUAUGGGUUCACUUCGGUGCUUGCUCGCACGCACUUUGGGAUUUGAAGCAAUGAACAGGUAGGGAGGUGAGAUCAGUGUAUAAUAAUUUCUAUUAUUUAUUGAAGUGCUAAAGAACAGGUAGCCAAUGCCAUCUGCCCUUUGCUCUUACCUUUUUGUCUUUAAAGUAAAGAGUGGAUUUGUAUAUCACCUUAGUUUUAUGUAAAUGAAUUAAGUUGAGUCCUAAUUCAAUUGCAUUCUGAAGAUCAUCUUUUCCGUUAUUUUGUUUCUAUGCUAGUAA